UAUAUCAUGGGAGCAACGCUGUCUCCUGCCAAUACAAAUAAUCUGGCGACGGUAUCCAAAUUCUCUAGCUGUUCCGCCGCAGAGGUCGCGGUCUACACCCUCGGAAUCAGUAACGUAUUCCGUUCCACUUGUCUGCUUCCACCUGAUAAUGCAUUCUUCGUGAAUUUGUGUAAAGGAUUUAGAGGGACGACGCCUGUAACACUAAACGAGCAAUGCAAGAGAGCAUUUGGACCAAGUAGUACCCUAGCCUUAACAUGGCCAUCUCAGCAAAACGAUGUACAAUUCCUUCAAAACAACUAUGUUACUAGUUGUGUGAGAGGAGCAACUGGGGCGGCUCCGUAUACCAUUUGGUGUAAUAUCGGCAACAACCAAAUUUCGCAAGUAAGCGAAGUUAUGAUGGGGACCAAAUGCGUUAAUGCAAAUCGACAAAUGGAUCCAAACAAUGUUUGCUACCACGGUGUGUGCACUUCUUUGUCAAUUUGCAACACAAACAAUCAACCUCCACCGACGACACCAUCACCACCUACAAAUCAACCGCCACCUACAAAUCAACCACCACCUACAAAUCAACCACCACCUACUCGAACGACCAAAGGAGUGGCCACAGCGUGCCCGUGUACAAGCACCGAUUGUUGCCGCCAAGUUUGGCGGACAGGUGGGAGGAGGUCGACUUCGUGCUGCCCGGGGUGCAGACUUCGUUCUGAUACCUGGGGCAGAGACUGUUACUACCCGUAAUAUCUCAACAGGAUAAUGAGGAAGAAGACACAUAUAUGGAGAAAUGUGAAACUAUGUUUGUUUUAUUUUAAAAUGAUAACAGAUGGUACCGUUUCACACUCGGAAUCCACACCCUAUAUGAUUUUAAUGUAUAACCUAACCUGUAUAUUUUAUAGCUAUGCAUUGUAUACACGUGUGCGAUUUUCCAUCAGAUUUAUAAGUAUCUUGAACAUAAUGUGUUUUCUCAACCAAUUAGCAUACCUAUGUUUAAGACGAAGCAUUGCUUGGUUAUUACUACUGUAUACAUUUCCAGCUGUUGAUAGAUGUCUAUGCAGCAAUCAUAGUUAUACGACCUGUGAAUAUUCAAUAUUAAAAUGAUAAAAGAAUUGUGCUAUAUACAGGAAAUAAUAAUCAAGAAUAAUCAUAAAUCAAGAAAGUAUGUGGUGAUUACGGGUUCAGUCAUGUCUUUAACAGUGUUCAUGAUAUUAAUGUUAAACAUUUAAUCCCAU